AUGAAUGAAGGUGAGUCAGCAGGAGGGGGGCAUCAAGGGUCUAACCCGGCCCCUCCUGCUGUGCCAGACCGCAUAUCAUCAACAACAACAACUAUUGUAACAAACUCAAUUAAAACCACGUCAAACAUAGCUAAUCAAAGCUCCGGAACGACGUUGACUACGACUUCUGUUGUUGCUUCUGCAUCAUUACAACAGCAACAACAACCACAAACAACCAGCCCAAUACCAAGAAGUUUUCAACAAGCUUUUGCUCAACAGCAAUUACAAAUUUCAGAUACAUUACCAUUAACCGGCCCAUCCAUAUCAUCAUCAGCACCAACGCCAUCCGCAACAAUAAAAACGGCAAAAACAGGAAUACAAAUAACGUCGCCGUCUAAGGGUCAUAUGCCUCAAACGCCAACACGAACAACAACGGAUCUAACAGCUGCUACUGCUACAAACUCAGCAAAUACAAAAUCACAACAAGAGCAACAACUAAGCUCAUACCCUGGCUCAUUAGCAGCUCCUAAUUCUGAUAACGCAACAACAUCCUCACCCCUUACCAAACGCAAAAAAUUCGACGAACCUCAUUUGCAACAGCAGCUACAAGAGAAUCAUACAAUUUUAUCAGCAGCCGGCAUUAGUGGUGUUAGUGGUUGUAGUAGCAAUACAUCUUUAGUAGGUUCUUUAUUGCCCACAGCAACAUCAACGCUAACAUCAUCGUCCACGUCUCUAAUAAGUAUCAGUUCAUCGUCAUCGACCUCUUUAGCAGCAGCAACGGUAGCAGGAGCAGCAGUAGUAUCAACCGCAACAACGCAUGAUAUACAAACCUUAAAGAAACGUAUAUUAGAACAAAAAUAUUUACGUUUACGUAGAUUAAAGGAAAAACAUACUGAAAAUGUCGCCGAAUUGUUUUAUUUGCAAACCGGUGGCAAUAUGAUGGACUAUCCUACGUGGCGUAAAAAAGCACCUACCCCACAGUUCAUCACCUUUAGCAAUGCCUAUCGUUUGGAUCAAUUGGUUAACGAUGAAAGAACAGCAACAGCAACAACAACUGCCGCAACAACAGGAACGCCAACACCAUCAACAGCAACAGCUGUUAAUGUUGGUGCAGCGGCUGCGACAGGCACUGUACUGCAACAGCACCAGCAACACUUACAGUCACAACAAUCAAUACCAGUUGCUGAUAAUAUAGCUACAAUUAUUGGUGUGACUGGUGGUAGUGGAAUUAGUAGUAGCGGUAGCAUUCAUAAUGCUAAUCAUACAACCAACACACAACAAACGAAUACGCAAUCUCAUCCCACAACAUCUUUAAUACAAACUUCAUCAGCAGCAUCAUCAUCAUCAACAACCUCCUCCUCCUCCUUAACAGCAAAUACUUCAUUGGUCUCAAAUUAUGGACGUCUGCCAAGCAGUACAACCAAACACCCAAUCAACGCAACAUCGUCAACUGUAUACUCAACUUCCAGCUCCUCUUCAUCUGCCUCUUCAUCUGCCUCUUCAACAGCAUCUACGCCCAAUACACAACAGCAGGCAUUAACGGCCACAGAUGCCAGUGGUAAUCCACUGCCACCUCAAGGAGCGGAAAUAAAAAUACCCGCUGUUGGUGCUACACCAGUGGCCGUGUCAACAAAAUUACCAGCAGCCGUACAACAAUUAACACAACAAGGUGGUACUCCUUUGAUACCCUGCAGUAUAGCACAAGGUACUACAACAUUACGGCGCAAUGGUAACGGCGUGGUCACUAGUUCUAAUACUCCUCCGCCCUUGUAUUCACCCACUCCGAGUGGUUUGUUGGUGCCAGCUGGUUCGGCAAGUGCGGCUACGGCGGCAGCAGCUUCGUCAGCGGCCACCACGCCAAAUAGUAAUCAAGAGUUUUCGUUCAAGGCUAAACAGGAAGUGGACGUUAUGCGUCGUAUUAUGGAAUUACAGCGAGAGGGAUUAUGGACUGAAAAACGUUUACCAAAACAAAUGGAACCACCACGGCCGAAAGCCCAUUGGGAUUAUUUGCUAGAGGAAAUGGUAUGGCUGGCGGCCGAUUUCGCUCAAGAGCGCAAGUGGAAGAAGGCAGCGGCCAAGAAAUGUGCCAAAAUGGUGCAGAAAUAUUUCCAAGAUAAAGCCAAUGCCGCCCAAAAAGCUGAAAAGGCCCAAGAGUUGCAUCUUAAGCGUGUGGCGGCUUUCAUAGCCAAAGAGGUGAAAAUGUUUUGGGGUAACGUUGAGAAACUGGUGGAGUAUAAACAUCACACUAAACUUGAGGAGAAACGUAAAAAGGCAUUGGACCAACAUUUGUCGUUCAUUGUCGAUCAAACGGAAAAGUUCUCCCAGCAAUUGGCGGAGGGUAUGAAUAAAACCCUGAAAGAUGCCUCAACAAAUCCCAGCAUAAAUUCAAGUAGAAUAUCUUCGCCGAAAAGAGAUAAUACAGAUGAUGAAUUUCGUCCUGAUUCUGGUUCAGAAGAUGACGAAGAGACUAUAGCUAAAGCUGAGGAGGAAGAGAAUGCCGAUGUCGAUGCAGAAGUUGCGGCCCUAGAAAAAGAAUCUCAAAUGGAUUUAGAUGACUUCCUCAAAGAUUUGCCCAAGGGCUAUUUGGAAAAUCGUGAUAAAAUUGUACUGGAAGAUGACACAUCAGCUGCAACAUCAUCCUCAGCCGCUAAAUCGGGUGGCAAGAAAGACACUGACAGCGAUGAUGGCGAAUUUGAAGCGGUUGAAACCAGUGAAGAUGAUGAAAAUACGAUAAGUAAACAAGAAGAGGAAGAAAUGGAUGUAGAUCAUCAGAAAGAAAUCGAUGAACUGGAGGCUGACAAUGAUUUAACCGUUGAAGAACUAAUGGCUAAAUAUAAAUCCGGACCUGUCGUUAGUGAUAUGGCAGGCGCCAGCACCUCGAAUAGGAAAUUAAAAAAAGUAGUGGAUUUCGAAGAUGAGGAUGAAGUGAUCAGUCAAGCCAUGAGAGAUUCCGAUGAUGAUUCUACGGCCGACGAGGAGGAUGAGACGGAGGAAGAAGAGGAAACCGAAAGUGAUGACGACAUGGAAGAAGAUGAAAAUGCUGAGGAAACUGAAGAAAAUGAACAGGAUGCCGGCUUAAAAAGCCUGCUGGAAGAUUCAUCUAAUGUCAACAAUAGCAGCAAAGACGAUAUGAUCAAAGAUGCUGCCGCUUUGGCCGAAUCAUUACAGCCCAAAGGUAAUACCUUAUCUUCCACGAAUGUCGUUACUCCCGUGCCCUUCCUACUCAAGCACUCAUUGCGCGAAUAUCAACACAUUGGCCUGGACUGGCUGGUAACCAUGAAUGAACGCAAACUCAAUGGCAUUUUGGCCGAUGAAAUGGGCUUGGGUAAAACCAUACAAACCAUUGCCUUGCUGGCCCAUCUGGCCUGCGUUAGAGGCAACUGGGGCCCCCAUUUGAUUGUGGUACCCUCUUCGGUCAUGUUAAAUUGGGAAAUGGAAUUUAAAAAAUGGUGUCCUGGCUUUAAAAUACUCACCUAUUACGGUUCGCAAAAGGAACGUAAACUGAAGCGUGUGGGUUGGACCAAGCCAAAUGCUUUCCAUGUGUGCAUAACCUCCUACAAACUGGUGGUGCAAGAUCAACAGAGUUUUCGACGCAAAAAAUGGAAAUAUCUGAUAUUGGAUGAAGCUCAAAAUAUUAAGAAUUUCAAAUCGCAGCGCUGGCAAUUGCUGUUGAAUUUUUCAACUGAAAGACGUCUCCUCUUAACCGGCACCCCUCUGCAAAAUGACCUAAUGGAAUUAUGGUCAUUGAUGCAUUUCUUAAUGCCCUACGUAUUCUCAUCACAUCGUGAAUUUAAGGAAUGGUUUUCCAAUCCAAUGACCGGUAUGAUUGAGGGCAAUAUGGAGUAUAAUGAACAGCUUAUACAAAGGCUACAUAAAGUCAUUAGACCCUUUUUGCUGAGACGUUUGAAAAAGGAAGUCGAAAAACAAAUGCCCAAAAAGUAUGAGCAUGUGGUCAUGUGUCGUUUAUCGAAUCGCCAGCGUUAUUUAUAUGAUGAUUUUAUGAGUCGUUCCAAAACUAGAGAAACCUUGUCUACCGGCAAUUUAUUGAGCGUUAUAAAUAUUCUCAUGCAAUUGCGUAAAGUUUGUAAUCAUCCGAAUAUGUUUGAAGUUCGUCCCACAUUGUCACCGUUUCAAAUGGAGGGUAUUUCAUAUGAAACGUCUCGUUUAAUAUGUGAUCUAAUGGAAUAUGAUCCAUUUACGCAAAUCGACUUGCAUUCCCUUAAUUUGUUACUUGUUGAAUUGGAAAUGACGCUGACCGCUUAUGUGUCACACAAAUCUCGAUUACUGGCAGCGCCACGUAAACUAAUCGAGGAAAUCGAUGCUAUUCCCGAACUGCCACCCAGAUGUCCAACGGGAAAAUACAAAUUCCACAUACGUGUCAGAGACGUUAACGUUCAACAGAGUAUAAAUACACAUGCCAGACAAACGGUCAAGGUGGGAGCAAGUCCGGCCAUGAGAAAGGAGGGUAAUAAAUUUGUGCCAGUAAAUCCAGCACUGGCUACAAUGCCAACCGUUGGAGCAGGAGUUGGAGAAACGGCCAAUAGUCGCAUAUGUAAACGCAUAAAUAAUGUCAUUAAUCCAGUGGGUGUACCCAAACUUGGACCAAUAACACCCGCUUGCAUUACCACCAGAUCUCGCGAUGUUUCUAUGACCGAUGCCUCAAUGGGACCAACUCCAGCGAAACAGCUGAAGUUACAGGACACCAUAAAUGGUGAAACAUUGAAGACAACAGUUAAAACAGAAAAAUCAAGAGAUGAUAAAACCUUGGUGGCGGCUUUGGCACAGCAAGUUAAAACGAAUACAAUGAUGCCCAGCCGGACGACGAGUUCGUGUAGACUUAGUGAUGACACAAGUGUUAAGACUGAACCCAAGGAUGAAGUGGAGGAAGAUGCUUCGUCUGAAAUGGAUGCCAUUUACAAUAUGACCGACAUCUUACAACAACGCAAAGAACAAAGAUUGGCCCGUCGCAAGUUGAUGGCCAAUGUCAACAAAAGACGCACAGAAGCUACACCCAUUUAUGGUGCUGAUUGCCGAGAGUCCAUAGAACAAUGUAAAGAAGCCAGUAAUCUUUUGAAAUACUCCAGUUGGCAAACGAGAGGUUUGACAAACUGCUCCACGGCCAUGAUGCGACGUCGUGACAAUUGGACCCUGAACAAGAUUUUGAAAUCAUACGAACAGCGUUGUGAAGAUCUUAAGAGAAUAUUUCAAAAUUAUGUCCUUUAUGUGCCGUCCGCUUGUGCUCCACGCAUACGCUUCUAUGUUAAUAAUUUAACGUCCUCGCGUUACUUAAAAGAACAGCAAGUCGAGAAAAGUAUACAAAAUGAAAUGUCACCAAAAUUGGCCAUGUUGCAUCCGAUUAUAUCGGCUAUGACAACACAAUUCCCCGAUCCUCGACUCAUACAAUACGACUGUGGAAAACUCCAGACCUUGGAUCGUUUGUUGAAACAACUCAAGUCGGGUCAUCAUCGUGUAUUGAUAUUUACACAAAUGACAAAAAUGUUGGACGUAUUAGAAGCCUUCCUUAACCAUCAUGGUCACAUCUAUUUGCGUUUAGAUGGUGCCACGAAAGUGGAACAAAGACAACUGCUUAUGGAGCGUUUCAAUACAGACAAGCGUAUAUUCUGCUUUAUACUUUCGACUCGUUCGGGAGGUGUAGGCAUAAAUCUGACUGGAGCUGAUACUGUUAUAUUUUACGAUUCAGACUGGAAUCCCACCAUGGAUGCUCAGGCGCAGGAUCGCUGUCAUCGCAUUGGUCAAACUCGAGAUGUACACAUCUAUCGUUUGGUUUCCGAAAAGACCAUUGAAGUCAACAUACUCAAAAAGGCCAACCAAAAGCGUAUGCUUAGCGACAUGGCUAUAGAAGGUGGUAACUUUACCACCUCCUUCUUUAAGAGUUCUACCAUCAAGGAUCUCUUCAAUGUGGAAACACAACAGCAAAUGAGUGAUACCAGUAAUAAUCCCACAACAACAACUAUCGUUGCUACUACCACGCAGCAGGAAACAUUUGAUAAGCCCACAACAUCUACUACUGCAGUAUUGGAAAAUCCUGAAGUUGAUUUGGAAAAACAGUCGCUGAAAGCUUUUGAAACCGCUUUAGCUGCUGCCGAGGAUGAACAAGAUGUUCAGGCCACUAAAACGGCUAAGGCAGAGGCAGCCGCAGAUUUAGCAGAAUUUGAUGAAAACAUUCCGUUGGAUGAAACCACCACAGCGGCCGACACUAAUGUCGAACUUAGUAAGGCCGAUUUGGAAAUGCAAAAUUUAGUUAAACAGCUUUCGCCCAUUGAACGUUACGCCAUGCGUUUUGUCGAAGAGACGGGCGCCGCUUGGACAGCGGAACAAUUGCGAGCUGCCGAAGCCGAAUUGGAGGCUCAGAAACGUGAAUGGGAAGCCAAUCGACAGGCCGCCCUGCAAAAAGAAGCCGAACUGCUGAAACAAGAGGAGAGUGCUGAAGAGCCGUUGACCUACGCACGGAAGGAUGCAACAAAUCAGAUCUGGAUUUCGGCCAAUUCUAUGGAGCAAAUGCCGAUGUGGUGUCCACCUACGCCACCCCAAGAUAACGAUGACAUUUACAUAGAUUAUUCGCUUAGUUUUAUGUACGAUGUGGAACCGAUACCAGAAUCCGAAUUGCCGCCCAUAUUCAUUAAAAAGGAGUACAAGCGUUCUCGAUCGGAGGCUGGAUUCAUGAUUGAUGGCAACAAAAGGCCGGCAAAAAUACGUCGUGAAGAAAUGUUCUGUGCACCCAGAUCACUAUUCGAUAGACCCUCUCCGGCCAUAGCGAAAAUUAGACGCGAUUUGAAGAAUCAGCGUUAUCGUGGAACGUUCAAGCCAAAUGUACAGAUCCCCGGCUUGAAACCGCAAAUGGCUCAAAAACCUUUAACAGAGCCCGAAGGAAUGGCUGAAUGGUGUAUAUAUGAAGAUAUAGCCGUAUUACAUGUUCUGGUAAAUUUACAAGGUUUACCCUGUAAUUUAAUGUUACUGUCGCCCGGCCACACACCCAAUUGGGAUUUGGUAGCGGAGAUUGUGAAUACAUUCUCCAAAACCUUUAGAUCGCCCAAACAGUGUAGAUGGCGUUAUGAGACUACUAUACAGCCACGCGAGGAGGGUAAAUUAGUAGAGAGUCCCAAGAAGCAAAAGAAGGUUAAGACCGCGCUAAAAACUGAAUAUCUCAAGAGUCCGUUGAGGUGUCUGAGGACUACACAAAACUAUACAAACGAUAAUAAUGCUACAUUUACAAAGAUCAUGCGUUCUCGUUUCGAUUGUAUUAAGACGGCUUAUUUGAAAAAGGCACCGCCACCCAAGCGACACUUUAACACGCCUAGCUCAAUGAAUCCCAAACAUAUGGAGGUUUUGCAAGAAUUCGGUAUAGUCAAUUAUGACCAGCCGAUAUCACCGCAAAAUAUUGCCAUCAUGAGAGCAAAUAAAUUGCGAGAAAAACAAAGAUCACAAUGCCCACCACCACCGCCACCAGCUGUUACUCAGGCGCCGCAAGUUUGCCAAGGUGUGCAACAACAGCAGCAGCAAACAUGCGGUGUUACGACCUCGAAUACGGUCAACAUUGUGCAGCAACAGGCUAAUCAGACAACAACACAUUUGCAAGAGUUGGUGCAGCAGCAACAACAACAACAGCAGCAGCAACAUACUCAGCAAGUGCAAGUGUCAACAGCUCCCCCCGGUCUGCAUACACAACAGUUGCAGAUUCAUCAAUUAUCCGCGGCAAGUGCAGUGGGUCAACAACAGACUCAGCAGCAGACAGCUACAGCUAUUGUCUUGCAACAUGCUGGCAAUUCGGGACAACAGUUGCAGCAACAGCAGAAUGUUGUUAGUGGCGGAGUAAAUCAAACUACUCAACAGCAUUUGCUGAGACAACAUGGCUCAAACUCCAACUCUCAAAUUGUUAAAGCCAUUGUGACUCCCCAAUCUGGGCUAUUGACCUCAAGUCAAAUGCAACAAUUACAGCAGCAAUCGAAUAAUUCGCAAACAAAUUCCGGCCAAACACAACAUGUGCAAUUGCAGCAACAGACUUCCUCAGGUAAUUUAGUGGGCACGCCAGCUUCAGUUUCGGUAGUACUGACAACGCCAGUUCAAACCAUUUCUUCAACCGUAACAAAUCAGCAGCAACAUCAUGGCAAUCAAGUAUCAUCGUCUUCGGCCCAAAUUGUAUCGCUAUCACCACAACAAACAAUUGUCUCCAGUUCACCGCAGGUUGGAAGCAUAGUACAUACACAAUCUCUACCACAAGUGGUGUCUGUGUCACAGCUGGCCACCGUGGGCACAGUGCUAACAACAUCAAGUGGCAUGCAACAGCCCACAGCCACUGUUACCACUCUUAAUACUUCUGCUCUAAGGGCACAACGAAUUGUAGCUGCACCUAGCGGCACAACUUUGCAGGAUGUAGUCUUGCAACAAAGAUCGGCUGGUAAUCCUAGUCCCACUAUCGUCUCCAUGUCUAGUUUGGGCACUAAUGUGGGCCAAGGCCAACUGCAAGCUACGCAAUUCCAAUUAGCCUCAAUGCCCAGCGGAACACAACAGGUUGUUACCAAAGGCAUUCGGGUUAGUUCCCUACAACAGGGCCAGAAAAUUGCAGCUGCUGGUCAGGCGGGUAACAAUCAACAGGGACAACCACACACUCACAUACAACUCUAUAGACAGCGGCAACAACUAAAAGUUUUACAAGCCGGCGGUCCUGGCCAACAGGGUCAACAGACAGUUGUGCAAACAGCUUCCGGGCAGACAGCCCUGGUUAACGCGCAAGGAGCCAUCAUACAGGGAAGUCUAAUGCAAACUGGUUCUGGACCAACCACAGUGCAAGUUGUGCAGGGACAAAAAGUGUCGGUAGCAACAUCAAAUGUUGCCGCUACCACCCCGAGUGCAACAGGUGUUGUAACCACGGUAGCCGCCUCGCAGGUCCAUCAACAACAGGCCCAACAGACAAGGGCUCAAUUCAUAAAACAAGUAGCCGCUGCAGCGGGUAAACAAACCAUCACCCGACAAGUGGGGGAAAGUGACAUGUUGCUGGUCAAACGACAAAUGUUAUCAGCUGCUACUCAACAGAAAGCAGCCCAGGUUCUGCAACAGGGUGGUCAAAUUUUCACCACUACCACAGCACAGGGCAUACAAUUGCAACAGAGCUCUGUGUCAUCAGCACAGACCUCAACAUCGGUGCAACAACAGGGUAAUAACCAACAAGUGGUACAACAGGUAACACCACAGCAAAUCGCCACCCUUGUCAAGACCUCGGUAGCCAGCUCAGCAUCUGGUAAUGCAAAUCAGGGCAUUACCGUAAACACCGGACAGCAACAAAAUACCGUUAACAUGGCGCUGUCACAACUCAAGCCAGGCGGACAAAUCAAAGUGACCAUGGCCAAUCAAUCGCAAAUGCGACAACUUCACAUGCAACAACAACAGCUCGCAAUGCCACGAAAAAUCUCACGUAUGACACAAAUACAAGCAGCCCAGGCAGCUAAUCAACAACAGCAGCAGCAACAACAACAAAAUACCACCAUCACACAGUCGAACAAUCCCCAACAACAGCAGGGUACACAAGUCCAACAGAAAAAUACGUCGUCGGGUUCAUCGAACUCCUCGAACACGGGUGGCGUUCAAACGCAAUUGGUUCAUAUACAAAAUACCAAAUCUCUGCCCAGUUCGGUGACAGUGCAGCAAAUACAGCAGGUUAUGCGUCAGGGCCAACAGGGAACUUUGGCUACAGCCGGUUUUGUUUUGGGUAAAACCAGCGUGGGCCGGGUGAUACCGGUCUCAGUGGCCUCGCAGUCCAAUCAAAGACAAACAAUACAGGUUGUUUCGGCUGCUUCAGCUCAAGCUCUGGCUGCUGGUAACUUAAGAGCCCAUGGGCAAAAUAUAGCAGGCACUAUUAAAGUUGCAACAUCCGGCUCACAAUCCCAGACACAACAGGCCAUUAUCACAGCAAUACAACAACAAGCUGCAGCACAACAAAGUCAGCGACAAAAUGCCAGUCCUGUACGUUUGCAAACAACGGCAGGUGGCAAUUUAGUGGCUGUAGUGCAGCAGCAAUCUAUGCAACAGCAACAACAACAGCAGCAACAACAAAAUGUGAAUUCAUCGAGUGGUGUUUCCGGCAACAUGAACACUUCGAAUGUAACACAAGCUGAAAUAAUGACGAUAACACAAACAUCUGCAGGAGCAACGAUGACAUCGUCAUCGUCCCAGCAGCAACAACAACAAGGAGCAACAAACCAACAAUCGGCCACUCAGCAAGUGCGCACGUUGGUUAAAAAGAAAAUCAUGCAAAUUCGCAAUGAAAAUAAAGAUUAAAUAAUCCAUUACAAUAUUGUAAUUUCCCAAACAAUGUCUUCGAUCUCUCACACUUUAUAUUUUUUUUCUUCAAAAUUUAAGUAAAUUUAGAACUUGUUAAAAUGAUGA